UCCAGAAAAAAACGUGGGAAGGAAAUUCUAGAACACGGUGCUCUGCAGGCGAUAUGAGAAUCAAAAUCUUCAGGAAAGCUUACCAAAAUCUAUAGGUGGCUCCCCUGGAUUAUUAGAGUCAAAACACAGGAGCCAGAGACCUCAGGCCCCAAAUCAAUUGUAAACCUCUAGAAAGGACAAUGGCUGUGGCCCUGGGUUGUGCCAUCCAGGCCUCCUUGAAUCAGGGCUCUGUGCUGCAGGAGUAUGACACAGACUGUGAAGUGUUCCGCCAGCGUUUCAGGCAGUUCCAGUACACAGAAGCCGCUGGACCUCAUGAAGCUUUCAACAAACUCUGGGAACUUUGCUGUCAAUGGCUGAAGCCGAAGAUGCGUUCUAAGGAACAAAUCCUGGAGCUGCUAGUGUUGGAACAAUUCCUAACUAUUCUGCCCACAGAGAUAGAGACCUGGGUGAGGGAACACUGCCCAGAAAACAGAGAAAGAGUUGUGUCCCUGAUAGAAGAUUUACAGAGAGAACUUGAGAUACCAGAGCAGCAGGUCAACAUGCACGACAUGCUCUUGGAAGAACUGGCACCGGUGGGGACAGUACCCAUGCCACCAAAUAUGCACCUGGAGUCACCUGCACUCCAGGUAAUGGGAAAUGUCCAGGAUCCCCCGGUAGCAGAGGCCUGGAUCCCACAGCCGGGGCCACAGGAGAUGGACUAUGCUGCUGCUGGCCAGUGCCAGCCCUUUCUGGAUCCUGGAUAUCCAUUACCAAAGCUUGAUGUGAACUUCCCAUUGGAUCAUAGAGAAGAGCCAUGGGUGAAGGAAUUACAGGAUUCCAAAGAAAUGAAACAAUUACUUGAUUCCAAAAUAGGUUUUGAACUGGGCAUAGAAAAUGAAGAAGAUGCUUCAAAACAGAAAAAACUGGAAAAUAUGUAUCCAUUUAUUGUAACUUUAGAGGGGAAUGCUCUCCAGGGUCCCAUUUUACAGAAAGACUAUGUCCAGUUAGAAAACCAAUGGGAACCCCCUCCAGAGGAUUUACAGACAGAUUUAGAAAAACUUGUAGAUCCUCCAAACCCUACUCUAGGAGAGACACCCGAGACCUCCAAUCUGGAAGAACCUCUCAACCCUAAGCCUCCAAAGAAAAAGAGUCCAGGAGAGAAACCUCAUCGAUGUCCUCAGUGUGGAAAAUGUUUUGCUCGAAAAUCACAACUGACUGGUCACCAGAGAAUUCAUUCUGGAGAGGAACCUCACAAAUGCCCUGAAUGUGGAAAACGAUUCCUUCGUAGCUCAGACCUUUAUAGACACCAACGACUUCAUACAGGAGAGAGACCCUAUGAAUGUACUGUAUGUAAAAAGCGAUUCACUCGGCGGUCACACCUUAUUGGGCACCAGAGAACCCAUUCUGAAGAAGAAACAUAUAAAUGCCUGGAGUGUGGGAAAAGUUUUUGUCAUGGAUCAAGUCUUAAAAGACAUCUGAAAACUCAUACAGGUGAAAAACCUCAUAGAUGUCAUAAUUGUGGGAAAAGUUUUAGCCGGCUGACAGCACUUACUUUGCACCAGAGAACACAUACUGAAGAGAGACCUUUUAAAUGUAAUUACUGCGGGAAAAGCUUUAGACAGAGACCAAGCCUUGUUAUCCAUUUAAGAAUCCAUACGGGGGAAAAGCCAUAUAAGUGUAGUCAUUGUUCAAAAAGCUUCAGACAGAGAGCAGGCCUAAUUAUGCACCAAGUCACCCACUUUAGAGGACUUCUUUAAGAAUUGUUAAGGGAAAGAAGUAGAUUCUACAAAAAUUAACACUAACCUAAACAAUUGUAGCCUAUAGUAGCUUGUCUUGGAAGAACCUUAUAAGAACACUUUCUUAGAUGGUAUUUUAAAAUACCUUCCUUCCAAGUACAUGACUUCUAGUCUACCUAUUCUUGCAACAUUCCUACAUGUGAUUUAUCCUGUGAAUGCAAGUCUUUUUUAUUGCAAUGGCAAGUUUUGUGUUCCAAAGCAACCAUAUCAUACAUAUAAACACAAAGCAUGUAAAUGAUGACAGUCUUUGUAGGGGUAGGGUCAAUAUAAUGGAUAAUUAUGUCUAUCUAACGUAUCUGUUAUAGCAGUACCAUACACAUUCUGCUAUAAUAUGUGACCAUAAAGCUUUAGAUGUGUUCCCCCCAGUUGGCAAGUUGAAUUUUGUCAAACAAUAAAAAUGUGUCAGGAGUAUGAAGAUGAAUAUUUGCCUGUUAUGAUAAAAACUUGGUCAUUGCCAUUCGAAUUUUCAUGUUUAAAGAAGUUAAGACUUUUAACUUUGACUUGAGAGUUUUGCAAAAUUUGUUCACCAUAAUUUGCCAGUCUGGUAUGGUGGUUAGAGCGGAGUAGUAAUUUUGUAAUUAAGCUCUAGGUCUGGGAGAAAUCACUUGAGAGUUGAAACUGUACAGGUAGGAUCGAAUUUAAUUUAGAUUGAUGCAAUGGCUUUUGACUCUCUUUUGGUAAUGUGACUUUCAGUGCUUCUGAAAUUGUACCCCUUCUUAAAUUCAGUGUCACCCAAGGUAAAUGGCAUAGACCAUUUAGUUCUGCAACUUAUUCUGCAGUGCAGUUUGGGAAUUGCUACCUAGCUAUUUCCCCUACCUAGAUUCAUAAUACAUAUCAGUUUGUGAGACUGUUGGAGAGUUCCUAGCCUAGUAAAGGAAGAUGAAUCACCUCUUUUGGCUCAGUGUUUUCAAACUUAUUUGAUCCUAGAACUUUGAUGUACACCUAGUAUUAACUUACAGAACUAAUAUUCUGCAAACACAUUCUGAAACACACUGCCUUAUACAAAUGUCUUUGUAGCUAUCAGUGUGAUCUUUUUUGAUACCAACCUAGUUAUCUCCAGCUAUUGCAAGUUUUCUAGAAAACUCUUUAAAGAUAUACAUCUCUUGUAUCAUACAAACAUACUGUUUGAAGGAGAUGAGGAUCACUAAUUCAAGUAAUUUAUUAAUUUCUCAGUGAUUCUCAAUGUCUUUGAAAUCUUAUUAUUACAUACACACUGACACAUUCAUACAUAUCGUUUUAAAGAGGUAAGGGUCACUAAUUCAGAUGGCUUAUAACAUUUAGUGAUUCUCAACCUUUUUCAGUUUUAGUUACAAUUACGCACACACACACAUACACACAUGUUGCUACUUAUAUAAACAUUCUCAUAUAAUCUUAACAACUCAAAUUCCCAUAAGGGAAGAAGUCUCUGAAUCUGUUAAACUGUUGAUAUGUGAAAAUAUCCAUUGAGCCUAAUUCCUUAUUAUAAGAUAUGAGAAAUGGAACAUUCAAGCAUUUUCCCUUUAUGAAGAUUUCCAGCCAUCCUUUCCUUAAACUAAGAGUAGGGAAACUACAUCUCUUCUCUGGCAUUGAAGUUCUUGGAAGUGAUGUCUAAGUAUUUUAGGGUUAUGUACUCUGUGCGUAACUAGUCCUAGGCUUAAUGGAAACUAGUAAUGGAAUAUAAUUCAUAUGUAAGACUCAUUAAGGGUAUAAUAUCUCUAGUUAAACAAGAGUUGGGAAACAAAUGGAAAAAUAAUGCAAGAGAGUUCAUAAUUAAGUGCCAAAUCGUAUCAAGUGCCAGAGCCAGGAUGUCUUUAAUUUGUGGCAUCCACAUCCCUGUAUUAUGCUGCUAUAAGCCUGAGGUUAAAAUUGAGACCCUGGUAGCAAUAAACCUAACACAGGAGGAGUCUGAAUGUAGAGAUGAAAAAUAGCGAAUGUAAUGGCUUCUCUUUCUCUCUUGUGGAAUAGCAUUCAAACCAGAACAGUGCCUUAGAAUGGAUGUACCCAACUGCUCUGUAUUUAUACAAUAUUUUAAUAAAGUGGUAAUGUAUAUAUGUUCUUCCUGCUUCUCUCACGUUUAAGUAGUUGAACAACCUAGAACUGCUUCCCUGAACAAUGGCAACAAGCAUCACUAUUGAUUCCUGUUCCCAUUCCAACUUGUAUUCAGCUUUUGUGUCUACAAUCCUGGUGCUGUAAUUUAGGCAUCGUUAUUUUUUUUUUUAGCCUUUAAUAGAGUAAAUUUAAGCUAGUAGAGUUAAAUAUAGUCAUAAUAUUGAGCUGUUCUCACCCUUUCAUCUGCAUCAUAAAUACAUGACUAGAUUUUUACAGGCUAUAAAGCAUUAAUAAAUAAUUGUGGCAUUCAAUCAAGACACAUGUGAAAUCAUUUUUGAAAAUAGACUACAUAGAACAUUACAUAUUAUGUGCCUAAUUAGUGCAUAUACAGCAUUUACCUCCUAUU